AGAAAUGCUCGCCUCAUAUUCUACAUCAUUUAGAUUUGCAGAAGAAUAUUUUUGUAAAGAUCAGAAAUAAGCACAGUCAGAUUGAAGUUUUAUCAGUCUUAGAUUCUGUCUGUUCCUACUGUAUUGUCAGUCAUUAGUCUGACAGUAUUAUCAGUCAUUAGAGAAAGUUAACAUGUGAUCUCAACAGCAUUGAUAUUUAGAUACAGUCAUGUGAGGCAUUGAUUAACAUAGUUCCUGCCACUGCCAGUUUGUCCAGUUCAGGUUUCAUGUUACCAUAGAAAUUUAGUUUGAGUGUUUUGACUAGCACAGCAGAGAAUAAAUUUGUAAGAAAGUGGAGUACUUGGAUCUAACAGAAGACAGUUUUCAUUUGGUAGAAAGUUUGAACUAAAGGUUACUUGUGGAAAAAAGAAGCAUUUACGUACAAAUAAGAGAAGGAAAGGAGAAAAGAAAGAUACAGGAUUUAUAUACAAUUUGAGGCUGCUUGAAUAUCUGAAAACUGAAAUAAUUUGUGUAAAGGAGAAAAUAUCUGCUUAGAAGACAUUUAUCUUAGAUUUGAAAGAGAUAUUGAUAUGUAAAGCAGAAUAUAUCCACUGUUGACCAUCAAAUCCAGGAAAUAUGGCAGCUUUUAUUGCCAAGCAGAUGGUGGGCAAUCAACUGAAAUCUGUUAAAGCUGCAACAGGCGGUGCUUUAGGUGAUAAAGAUGAAGAAAGUAAAGAAGGGGAUGGGGAUACAGGUGAAGAUCCAGAGAUUGAAGAAGCAAGGAGAGAAGCAGAGGAAAAAAGGAAAGAAAAACACAGAAAAAUGGAAGAAGAACGAGAAACUAUGAGACAGUCCAUACGAGAUAAGUAUGGCAUUAAAAAGAAACAGGAAGAAGAGGAGUUACUGAAGCAGCAAAUGGAAUCUGCAGGUCGGGUUGGUCGAAAGAAAAAAACUCCUGCUGAACUUGCUGCUGAGGCAAAUGGCGAAGAGGAGGAUGAUGAUGAAGAUGAGUUUACAAUGCCCAAAAACCUAGAUGAAUUCAAGUCAAAGGUUCAGGACAUUCCACAAAAACUGACUCAGACCGUUGGGGAGGUGUCUGAAAAAUGUUCUCUGCAGUGACAAUUGCUUGAGGAUUUCUCAGUAGUGUCUAUAGAUACAGCUACUGUAACCAGAUAUAUGCAAUUUUAGAUACUGAAAAUAAUUAGCUAAUUAAUUAUUGGAAUAUUUUGUUGCAUUGUACACAAGAGAAAAGAGGACCAUACACAUUAAAGAGGGUAGUUAGUGGGAAAUGUGCACUGAGAAACAAAAUGGUCAUUUCACAAUGAACUAAUUUUAACAUUGCUUUGUCUCUAAUUUUACCUUUAAGAACCUCACAUGAAACUGUAAUAUUGUUGAUUAAAGUAAAAAUUAAAAGUCUCAGAAGAACAAAUAUAGUGGUAAUCCACCUAAUUGCAAAUAAAUCUUAAAUUCAAAUUAGACAGAAAACUGCUAUGUGUUCUUUCAGUCAUUCUUCUGCUUUUUAAAAUUGGAAAAAAUGAAACGGUUUCGUCAUGUCAAGAUAGAGAAUGCAAACAAGUAGAUUUUUUUUUUAAUAUAACUAAAUUCUGAAGCAUAAAAAAGAGGAACUUGUGUGUUGUAACUCUUUUUUCCUGUGUAUAAACUCAAAUAGCAAUAUCAAAAAGUAAGCUACAAAAUAUGCAUUACAUACAUUUAUAUGUGUAGAAGCUGUAAAUAGAACAUGUUCAUGUCAGAUAUUUUCACCAGGUUUUGUACAAUUCAGUUCAGUUUUAUACUUGGUUUUCAGAUGAUGUGUAAAUUUAGUUCAACACAAUUGAUUUAACAAAAUUUUAAUAUUUUCACUAAAUUUAUUACAUACAUAGUUUAACAUUUCUAUGAAAAAGUUCCUUAUGGAAAGCAUUUGAAAUGAUGAAUUUGUGUGCAUUUUUAUUUAUUUAUUCCAUUCUUUAACAGCUACAAUGUGUGAUCAGUGAAGUAGACAUUUAUAAUCAAAUUAUUCAUUUGAGUCAGCAAUGUUUAUAGAUAUAAAUUUAUAUAUAUUAUGGAACCUACUCUUUAGAUUUACCAGUCUUUACAAAUUAACUUUUUUUCAAUUCAGAUUACGACCAUCUUACAUUUGAUGCUUCCAAGUUUAAAAUAUAGGCUAAUCAAAAUUGAUAGUGCAUGUGAUUUUUACAUGUCCUGUACUCCAUGAAACAUUUGUUAACAUGUGCUUCUUUCAUAAAUAAUGUUGAUAUUUGAGAGUUAUUUCAUUGAAUUUUAAGUGUAAGGAAAUGCAUGUAAAUGAUUCCAGAUCAGUGAGAUCAAGAGAACAUACAGGUCAUUUACAUAAAAGACAAACUGUGAUUAUUCCUUUUCUUCGAUUUAUUUCAAGAUCCAGUAACAAUUGUGAAAAACUCAAUUACCAACAUCCCUCUUUCAAGCCAUGUCCCUCUUGUUAUUCACUCACACAAAAACACAUGUACAUUAUUGGGUUGUCCAUUAUAGUCUUAUAGUCAUGAAAGGGUCGAAAAAAAGGUUUAUGGCAAAUAUCAUUGCAGAGAGGGGACAAAAAUCUUGCAAUGGUGAAGUGUAAACAAAUUUCAUCUUUACUAUCAUAAAAUGAAUAAUUUAAAAUACUCUAGCUAUUUACCGAUCAAAAUCAAGGAUACCUAACUACGGUGUUAUUAUGAAAUAUAUGCUGAUGUAGCAGUAAAUAUUUUUCUACUGUGAAAAUUUGUUUACAUAUAAUUAGUGAUCUAGAUUUGACUGGUACUGUCAAGUUUUUACUUUUGUUGUUCUUUUUGGAAGAUGAAAAGGUUAAUAUGUUCAAACUGUGAAGUGUUAAUAUUAUUUUGACACAAUAAGCUGAAUUUGACUUAAGUAGUUGUGAAAUAUCACAAAUCUGUGAUCCUCCAUCCUUAAGCUGUGUAGAAGGUUCACUUUAUGAAAGUUAUUAAUCUGUCCAUGGAAUUUAUAAAAUCUCUUGAUUUAUGGCCAAUAUUCCAGUUAUAUAAAUUCCCACAUCUCCUUAUAUGGUCAUUAUUCUCAAUUUCUGUCAGUUAUAUAAAAUACUAUCAAGUAUAUAUUUUAAUUAAGUUAAUGUUAUGGUACACAUAACAUAUGUAUAUAAAUAAUAUACAUGUAUACCAAAAAGAGUGAGAAUCUUUCUAAUGAUUUAUGUCACAGAUUAAUAUAUGCCUUUAAGUUGAGAUAGAUUAACUAAUUACUCUAUUUAUAUGACAACAACACUAUCCUUCAUAUUUGGAAUGGAAUACUUUUAUUGAUAUUGAAUGAGUGGAGUUUAUUAAGACAUGAGGAAUUAGGUUUCGGUAUUAGUAAAGGAAUUAAAAUAAUGGUGGCAUAUUACUAAUCUAGAACAGUCAUAUAUAAGUCAGUUCAUUUUGUAGUAACAGAUUAACUCUUAUAUUUUCAAUUUUUUUUUCUUGUGGUGACGGCUUACUAAAGAAAGCAACAGGAAGGGAGAUAGUUUAGCAACGGGAAUUGAACAUUAUUUAUGUUGACCUAAGGAAGAUAAUCAUUCUCUGAAUAUCAUGUGGCCAAUUAAAUGAUAUUUGAUAUAUUUAUAUUUUUUGUUUUUAUUAUAUUCUGUUUUGUGUUUACCUUUGUUAUAUUUUAGUGUUUUUCUAUGUUCUGACAAAAAUUGUUAAUUGUUAAAUUAUUGUUAAAAAUAUGAUUCAUUCAUUGUCAAAUGUAGAAAUAAAAAAUAUCAAAAAUA